AUGUUCAGACUCGCCCGAGCAUCCCGUCUCCCCUUCUCCCUCACUCCCACCUCUGCGUCCACCCGCGCAUUCCACUCCUCCCGCCCUCUCGCCGUCAGCCUCGGAGACGCCAUCCCGGACCUCGACGUCCUGACCGAGAACUCGCCGGGAAAUAAAGUCAACCUCGCCUCCGAGCUGGCCUCGGGCAAGGGGGUCGUCGUCGGCACUCCUGGCGCCUUCACCCCCGGAUGCUCUCUCUCGCAUGUACCAGGCUUCCUUAACCAUCCCAAGCUGAAAGACGCAGGCAAGGUCUUUGUCGUUUCGGUUAACGAUGCUUUCGUGACCAAGGCGUGGGGAGAAUCACUUGACCCGCAGAAGAAGAGUGGUGUUCGCUUCCUGGCCGAUGCGUCGGGCGAGUUCAACAGGCAGCUGGACCUGCUCUUCAGCUCCGCAAAGGUGUUUGGUAACGACAGGUGCAAGAGGUAUGCCCUGCUCGUCGAAGAUGGGAAGGUCGUCAAGGCUUUUGUCGAGCCUGACAACACCAGUGUCGAUGUGUCUCGCGCGGAAAAGGUGCUUGGAUAG